CGGCGCGCCCCUCCCGUCUCCCCCCCAAAAAGUUUGAGUCGCCGCUGCCGGGCUGCCAGCCGAGUCGCGCGCCGGGACCUACGUGGGGCAGAGAAGUCAUGGCUUCUCCGUCCAAAGGCAAGGACCUGUUUUCGUCGGAUGAGGAGGGCCCGGCGCUAGGGGCCGGGCCGGGCCCGGGGCCCGGGGGCGCCGAGGUGGCGGCGGAGGAGCGCCGCGUCAAGGUCUCCAGCCUGCCCUUCAGCGUGGAGGCGCUCAUGUCGGACAAGAAGCCGCCCAAGGAGGCGUCCCCGCGGCCCGCCGAGAGCGCCUCCGCCGCGGCCACCCUGCGGCCGCUGCUGCUGCCGGGACACGGCGCCCGCGAAGCGCACAGCCCCGGGUCGCUGGUCAAGCCCUUCGAGACCGCCUCGGUCAAGUCGGAAAACUCCGAAGACGGAGCGGCGUGGAUGCAGGAGCCCGGCAGAUACUCGCCGCCGCCGAGACACCUGAGCCCCACCACCUGCACCCUGCGCAAGCACAAGACCAACCGGAAGCCGCGCACGCCCUUCACCACGUCCCAGCUCCUGGCGCUGGAGCGCAAGUUCCGGCAGAAGCAGUACCUCUCCAUCGCCGAGCGCGCCGAGUUCUCCAGCUCGCUGAACCUCACAGAGACCCAGGUCAAAAUCUGGUUCCAGAACCGGAGGGCCAAGGCGAAAAGACUGCAGGAGGCCGAACUGGAAAAGCUGAAAAUGGCCGCGAAGCCCAUGCUGCCCUCCGGCUUCAGCCUCCCUUUCCCCAUCAACUCGCCGCUGCAGGCAGCCUCCCUCUACGGCGCGUCCUACCCUUUCCAUAGACCUGUGCUCCCCAUCCCGCCCGUGGGACUCUACGCCACUCCUGUGGGGUAUGGCAUGUACCAUCUCUCCUAAGGACGACUGCCCGCGGACUCCGGGACAGGACGAGGCGUGUUCCAUGGGUCCCCCGCCCUCGCCAGGAAGCGCCCGGCUCUGCCAACCUCACACGCACCACCCCGAGCAGCCAGGCCGCCGCCGCCGCCUUCGUCCUGGGGGCUGGAGACCCCAAGCUCCGUGUUCUUGGUGUCAUUUCCCAGACACCCCCUUCUCCUCACAAAGAUUGGCUCUGAUGGUUUUUAUAUAUAAAUAUAUAUCACGAAACAGAACGCAUUUUUAUACAGCGGACGUCAAAAUCCAAGUUAUUUUGAAAGGCGAAAUUUAUAUAUAUACUUUUUUAUGUAUAUCACCCUAACAGACUGCUGACGUUCAUUUGUGUGGGUUUUUUUUUCUUCUUAGAGGGGGAGACAAAUUGUUUUCUAAAAUUGCUGAAAUGUAGUGAUUUGGGUGGGAUGACUGGCUGUUGCUUAAGGAAAACAGAUAUUAGAAUUAGACACAAAGUGCAUAGGCCACCCAUAGGGAGACAUUCCUCCGGGCGACAGGCACAGGCCACGUACAGUCUUCCAUGCACUCGACUAAUUAGCGGCUACACAUUGGGCCCUGUUUGCCCCCCCCCUGCACAUUGCCACAUUGCUACCAGUUAAACGUUUCCUUUUUUUGGGGGGGGUGGUAAGAUCAAUAAAAGGGGGCUGAGAAGACUGAGCCAGCCUCGGGGUAAAGUGGGAAAUGGAAGUACUUCCCUCCAGGCUGUUGCUUAACUCCAUUUCAGAUCAUUGUCCGGAGGAAUUGAUGGUUCUGUGAAAUGCUCUGGGUCAGUCCUCACACGUUGCAAAAGUGAUGGGGGAGGGAGGGGUGUAGUUAAUUCUCUGCUUAAAUAAAUGUCUUGUAACCAUUACCUAUAUGCUACAUAUUCUUGGACAAUGAAUAGAUCCAGAAAGAAAGAAAAAUCCUGCUUUCUCUGUGUGUGUACCUAUUGUAUGUGCUAAACGUAUUAGGAAAAUUUAUAUCCUUUUUUAACAUGUUGGGGGCCGAGGGAGAAGCCAUGUUUUGACUUGCUAAGAACCCACUUAGCUCCCUGGUAUUGCAUCUUCCCAUUCAUCUCCCCGCCCCACCUUCCCCCAACCAGUAUACUUCAUCCCUUUGAAAGGGUGUCUUGUAUAAUUUUAUAUAUUUUAUUGAAGAGUUAUUUCUUAUCUCUUAUUCCGAAUUAAAUUAAACAUUUGUUUUAUUGCAGUAAA